AUGUCCAAUCUCAGGGAUCGAGUUGAGAACAAGACUAAAAUUGCUUUGAAAUCUGGAGACGCUCUUUACUUCGAAUCUCAAAAUGAAUUAUUUAAUUUUGAAGGCGUUGAUUUUCAGCUGACUAUAUGCCCAGCUCUUCUUAAAAAGCCUACGAAUCCUCCACCCGGCGUUAGUGAAGAAACUAUCGAUAGUCGCGUAAAGAGACAACGUAAUCAGAGCUCAGAUUCUACCUCUCAGAAAGACGUAUUCGCUCCUCCUUACAAUGAGAAUUUAUUUGUUCAACAAGUUGGCGACUCUCACGUUCUCCUUUUGAACAAGUACAUGGUUAAGCUCAACCACUUCUUAUUGGCUACAAAAGAUUUCGUUCCGCAGACGUCACCAUUGAUGCCAUCCGAUUUAGUUUUAGCUAGAAAUAUCAUACUAGAGUACAAAAAAACAGGUCAAAGCCUGCUUUCGUUCUUUAAUUGUGGCGAAAAGAGCGGUGCUUCGCAACCACACAAGCACAUUCAAUUCGUACCACUUAGUGAUCCAUUACCAAUAGAGAAGCUAGCAAAUGGAGUACAAAUGGAAAACGAAUCCAACUUUUUCUCGCUCGAAAAAUUGCCAUUCGCCAACUUUGGUGUCAAAUUAAGCACACUACUAAACGCGCCAACGGAGGAGGACGUUGAAUGUGAAUUAGCUAACAGAUUCAUGACAUUGCUGGAUGCACAAGCGGACACUUAUAGAAGACUAGACCAAGCACCACCUUCACCUCCAUUCAGUUACAACGUUCUGAUGACUCACGAUCAUCUCUUCAUUAUACCCAGAUCGAAAGAGAGUGUGAGCAUCGAAGCUGCUAAUGGUCUUGAAGGAUGGAAUAAGUCACUCAAUUCACUCGAUUAUGCUGGACUCAUGUUGCUCAGAAGACCCGAAGAAAAGCUGGGUAUUAGUAAUCCCCUCGAUAUACUUCUUCAAGCUUCAUUUCCUAGAGUUUCACUCCCAGAACCUGUAUAUCAAGUUGAUACGCAAGUCCUUGAUUAG